AGCUUGACGCAUAUUAUAUGACGUCAUGACCGGAAAUAGCGUGUUGAAAAUGCGACACAUUACCGACUGUUGAAAAAAGAAAGUGAAGUCGUCUGUUCAUAAUGAAUUCUCGAGGUAUCCACUCACAGCUGAAAGACAGCGUACCGGCAACUGGCUUGUGUCCACCGGGGGCUUAUGGCGCUCAUGAUACGCUUCGCAACGGGUUCAGCAAUGUGAAAAAUGAGAUCAUUCCUGCCCAUCCACUGGAGCUGUCAGAAAAAAAUUUCCAGUUGAGCCAGGACAAGAUGAAUUUCUCGUCCCUCAGGACCAUCCAGGGGCUUCAUGCCCCACUCAAAUUGCAGAUGGAAUAUAGGGCAGCUAAACAGAUCCAGCGUCUUCCAUUCUUGCAGAGCUCCAACCUUGCGCUGGACACACUGAGAGGCACUGAUGAAUCCAUUGGCUUUGAAGACAUCCUCAAUGACCCAACACAGAGUGAAAUGAUGGGUGAGCCACACAUGAUGGUGGAAUGCAAGCUGGGAUUGUUUUAGAAGAUGAACAAUUUGUUAUCGUGUCUGUUUGAUGUGCUGUAACUGAAGUGACCAGCACAGCUUUUGUAUUAUUCCAAAUUGUAUGGCAGUUCUAAUAAAAGCCAAUAAACAUGCUCAUAA